UACAUCCUUCCACACAGACACAAUGCCGACCUUCAAGGUGACUGUAUAUACUGUUAGACAGAUCAAUUUAGAGAAAAUGGACGACAUUUACCUGACGCUGCUGGACUCAGAGAAGCAAAGCAGUGAAAGAACCCUGGUGGAUCGAUCCUGGUUUUCUAGUUUUAAAACGGAGUUCUCCCUUGACAUCCAUGUGGAGAAGAACAUUGGAAACAUUGUCCAGGUGAAACUUGAAAAGCAUAAGCACAAUCAUCCAUGGUUCUGUGAGCAUAUCAAAGUGCAAACCCCCUCUGGAGACUGCUUUGAGUUCCCCUGUUACUGGUGGCUAGUGGACGAAAAUGAAGUGAUGAUUCGAGAAGGCACUGCUCGACUGCCUCAGGAUGACACCAAAUCUUUUCAAGAGCAAAGAAAAGAUGAACUGGAAUCGAGACGGAAAAUAUUCAGAUGGAAGGAGUGGAGCCCAGGCUUCCCUAUGAGCAUAGACGCCGAUUUGAACGAUCUCCCUAAAGAAGUUCAGUUUGAUCUAGAAAAAGAAAUAGACUGGUACUGCAAUUUCAUGAAAGUGGGGGUGUAUUUAGGUCUUAAGAAAUUUGAGGGACUCGUUGAGUCCUGGAAAGACAUUAAAGAUAUUCGACAGCUAUUUGAAGUUUUGGGAACUCUGGGCCACAAAGUACUAGGUUUGGAUGAUUUUUCCUCUGUCACCAAUGUUUGUUCUCUUUCAAGGGAACUUGAUCUUGUUCCCUUUUCAGGAAACCAUGUUUACAAGAUGAUUGUUUGUCAGUUUUCUAAUUUUAAACAAAAACUAUAUAUCCAAACACAAUUGUUGCAGGAAACCAGUAACGACGUGAUGGAAAACUGGAAUCAAGAUUACAUGUUUGGCUAUCAGUUUUUGAAUGGCUGCAAUCCCGUCAUGAUCAGGAAGUGCAUGCAACUUCCAGACAAGUUUCCAGUCACACAAGAGAUGGUCAAGCGCUUUCUGAAGACAGGACACACACUACAACAGGAAUUACAGGCAGGAAACAUCUACAUAGCAGAUUAUGAAAUACUGAAGGGAGUGCCAGCAUCUAGCAGCCAGCGCUAUCUGACUGCACCCAUCUGCCUACUGUACAAGAAUGAUCUGAACCAAAUUGUGCCAAUCGCCAUUCAGCUGAGUCAAACCCCAGGGGAAACGAGCCCGAUCUUUCUCCCAAGCGAUAAUGGAUUAGACUGGAUGUUGGCCAAGAUGUGGGUGAAAUCCUCUGACUUCAAUGUACACCAGCUGGUUACACACCUUCUCAAGACACAUCUGUUCUCAGAGGUUUUUGAAAUGGCCAUGUACAGACAGCUUUCUGCCGUCCAUCCCGUAUACAAGUUAUUGAUGCCUCAUGUUCGUUUCACAAUUGCAAUCAAUGCAGAGGCCCGAGUAAAACUCAUUGGUAAAGACGGGAUCUUCAGCAAGGUUGCUAGUAUCAGUGGAGAUGGGAUGGGGACACUGAUGAAAAAUGCCAUGGAGACUUUAACCUACAAGUCCCUGUGCUUCCCUGAGGACAUAAAAGCUCGAGGAAUGGAAGAUGUGCCCAAAUACUAUUACAGAGACGAUGGCAAGAUGAUCUGGGAGGCAAUACACUGCUUUGUUUCUGAUGUGGUCAAGAUCUACUAUGACAGCGAUGAGAAGGUUCAAAAAGAUGAGGAGAUUCAAGGAUUUGUUAAUGAUGUUGCCUGCUCUGGCAUGAAUAACUCUGCCAACUUUCCAAAGUCUCUGGAGUCUCGAGAGCAGUUGGUGGAGUACCUGACUGUCGUGAUUUUCACAGCAUCAGCACAACAUGCUGCUGUCAACUUUGGACAGUUUGACUGGUACGCCUGGAUCCCCAACAGUCCUUCCACCAUGCGCAAGCCUCCUCCCCAGAAGAAGGACCAAGUGGAUAUGAAGUACAUCAUGGAUAGUCUGCCUGACCGUGAUUGUUCCAGCAUGGCUCUGGCAACAGUUUGGGCCCUCACUCAGACCGAGCACACCGAGCGGUUCCUAGGCAUGUAUCCAGAUAUGUACUUCACAGAGCAACCUGUGAAGGAAGCCAUUAAGACUUUCUGCCACAGACUAGAGGAGGUGACCAACAUCAUCAAGAUCCGGAAUGGUGGAUUGACAUUGGCUUACUGUUAUCUGUCCCCAGACAAAAUCCCCAACAGUGUUGCAAUUUGAGAAAAUAUUUGAAGAAACAUUUUGCCAGGCCUAACCAUAGUAUUUACGGCCAAUGCAUGCGUGUUUGUGGUGUAUUUUAGGUAAUGGUUUCACCGUAUAAUUUUUUACCUUAUU